CCUGUCCUGACUGUGGGAAUGUUUAAGGAACAGAGAGCCUUGGAGGUACCCAGUCCUAAGGAAAUACCUCCCUCAGGACUCAGCAGCUCGCCAGGGCAACCCUGGCAGGUCAGAGGCAGAGGAUGCCAAAGGCAAACACAGACAAGGAGCAGCUGACAGCACACAUGAAACAGGCACAUGGCAGGGCUUCAUCAGCUUCCCUGGGCAGCGAUGCAGAUGCUCGGAGAGGCCACUGGGAGCAAACAGCACAGCAGGACACAGCAAGCCCGUCGGUGCGCAUUGAAUACAACCCCGGCAGUAUGUCAGGGGGGCACAAGAAGAAGGGGACUGUUGUAAAGCAGAUUAUUGUGUCCUUCAAGAGGAAGCCUCCAGAGGAACUGUGCAGGAACUGCCUGACCCACACUCCACUUCGGAGAACCAGCCUGCCACAGCAGCAGGAGGACAGGGAGCUCCAGCAGCCAGAGAAUGAGGGAAAGUGUUUCUCUCGGAGGCAGUCAGGGGGGCUCUAUGGCAGACCUGGGCAGGUGGGUGCCAAGGAUGGAAUGAGACAGCCUAAGACAGGACGUGACAGGUCCAUGAGCUUUCCAUGGACCACACGACAGCAGCCACAAGUUGUAUAUGUGAAGUUCACAAAGGGCACCAUGAGCAAGCAAGAGGCGUUGGAGUGUCUGGAAGCCCAUACUGCCACCAGUGAGCCAGUGGCUUUGGCCGAGGAGGAAGAGCGGGAAGAGGGUGUUGAUAAAAAGCUGUCCCAGGAGGAGAGGUGGGAAGAUGGAAUCAGCAGACAACUGGACCUGAAACUAAGCAUGAGUGAAGCAACAGCAGCAGAAACACCUGCAGGACAUACCUACAGAUCUCCUUCCCUCACAGUCAUUGAUGCCCUGGCUCACGAGAGGCGAACGUCCUUCCAGAGGGCACCAAGGGCUCUGCACAGGGCCUCCACUGCCACAGAGAGCAGGAGAAGCAGCAGGAGCAGCCUCUCUCCAGAAGAGCCAGAGAAGCAGCACGCAAGAGACUGCACACCGGCUCUGCUGGACACAGCCCAGUACAUCACGGGUGAGGUUGUACACAAGGCUGUAACUGUGAUCCAGGAACCCAGUGAGCAGACAGAAGAGCAACAGGACCUGGAAGACAGCAUGGAUGUGUCAUUGGCCACACCAGCAGGGGCAGAAGACCAGACACCUGCCCCUGACAGCCCCACAAACAAUGGUUUACUGGACACAGCCCAGUACAUCAAGGGUGGGGUUGUGCGCGAGGCUGUAACCGUGAUCCAGGAACCCAGCGAGCAGACAGAAGAGCAACAGGACCUGGAAGACAGCAUGGAUGUGUCAUUGGCCACACCAGCAGGGGCAGAAGACCAGACACCUGCCCCUGACAGCCCCACAAACAAUGGUUUACUGGACACAGCCCAGUACAUCAAGGGUGGGGUUGUGCGCAAGGCUGUAACUGUGAUCCAGGAACCCAGCGAGCAGACAGAAGAGCAACGGGACCUGGAAAACAGCAUGGAUGUGUCAUUGGCCACAUCAGCAGGGGCAGAAGACCAGACACCUGCCCCCGACAGCCCCACAGACGAUGCUCUGCUGGACACAGCCCAGUACAUCAAGGGUGGGGUUGUGCGCAAGGCUGUAAUUGUGACCCAGGGACCCAAGGAGCAGACAGAAGAGCAACAGGACCUGGAUCAAAAUAUGGAUGAGGUGACAAAAGCCACAGCCACAACAGAAGGGACAGAAAGCCCACCAGAUGCCCCACACAGCCCCACAGACGAUGCCCCUGUUCUGCUGGACACAGACGAGUACAACAGGACAAAGGUCCUGGGCAAGGGUGUAAUUGUGAUCCAGGGAACCAACCAACAGCCAGAAGAACUGAGGGACCUGGAACAAAGUACAGAUGAGGUGACAAGAGCAACAGCCACAGCAGCAGGGGCAAAGAUACCCAGGCACAUACCCCACACAGCCCCGCACAGCCCCACAGACGAUGCCCCUGUUCUGCUGGACACAGCUCAGUACAUCAGGACUGAGGUCGUCCGCAAGGCUGUAAUUAUGACCCAGGCACCUGUUCUGAAGCUGGAAGAACAGUGGAACCGGGAAGGUAGCAUGGAUGAGGUAAUGGCAGCAACAGCCACAACAGCAGAAGUGACAGAAAGCCCAGCAUAUGCCCCGAACUGCCCCACAACUGAUGCUCCAACUCUGCUGGACACAUUCCAGGACAUCAGGAAUGAAGUCCAGGGCAAGGCUACACUGUUAGUCCAGAGUCCUGAACAGCAACCGGAAGAACAGCAGGACCUGGAACAAGGCGUGGAUGAGGUGGUGAGAGCAACAGCCACAGCGGCAGGAGCAGAGAGCCCAGCACAUGCCCUGCACAGCCCCACAGACAAUGCCUCCAUUCUUCUGAACACAGACGAGUACAACAGGACAAAGGUCCUGGGUAAGGGUGUAAUUGUGAUCCAGGGAACCAACCAACAGCCAGAAGAACUGAAGGACCUGAAACAAAGCACAGGAGAGGUGAUGAGAGCAACAGCCACAGCAGCAGAGGCAGAGGUUCUGGCACAUACCCUGCACAGCCCUGCAGGCAAUGCUCCAGUUCUGCUGGACACAGCCCAGGACAUCAGGGGUGAGGUCGUGGGCAAGGCUGCUCUAAACUGUUCUAUAAAGAGUUCCAAACAGCGGCUGAAAGUACAGCAGAACCCAGAAAAAGGUACGGAUAACAUGGUGAAAGCAACAGCCACAGCAGCACGGACUGCUCCAACAGCCAGAAGAACAGCAGGACCAGAAAAGAAGUAUGCACGAGGCACUGGCAGGACCAACCUCCUCAGCAGGACCAGAGAGCCCAGCAAACGCCCCCCAAAGCCCCACAGCUGAAGCUCCGACUCUGCUGGACACAACCCACUACAUCAGGAGUGGGGUCCUGGGCAAGGCCACUCUUGCAGCCCUGGGACCUGUCCAGCAGACAGAAAAACAGUGGGACUGGUAAGGAAGCAUGGAUGAAGCAACAGCAUCAUCCAGCUGCAUCCAGCUGCCCCAAGGACUUGGCACUACCAGCAUAUCCUUGUCCAUGGCUUCAGGGGACCCACCUAUGAUUUGAUGCGGACACAUUUUGAGGCUAA